CGGUUGCGUCUGGACAGUGCUCAGGUUGGAAGACCGGCAGCAUACCAAGCUCCCCUUUGACCUCUCCCCGUCCGCCUCCGGCCUUGCUUUGUGACCUUUGGCUCUUUGGGGCUCCUCUGACCCAGCUAGCCAGACCCUGGACCCAAACCAUGUUCCCCGUGAAGGUGAAAGUGGAGAAAUCAGAGCUGGAGAUGGCCAAAGCCCGGAACCAAUUGGAUGCUGUUCUGCAGUGUCUGCUAGAGAAGAGUCACAUGGACAGGGAGCGUCUGGAUGAAGAAGCCGGGAAAACCCCCACAGACACCCACAAUAAGGAUUGCUCCAUCACAGUCACUGGCAAAAGACCAUCUGCCCGUUUCCCCCACCAGCGGAGGAAGAAGAGGAGGGAAAUGGAUGAUGGGCUGGCCGAGGGAGGGCUGCAGCGAUCCAACACGUAUGUGAUCAAGCUGUUCGACCGGAGCGUGGACUUGGCCCAGUUCAGUGAGAACACACCACUGUACCCAAUCUGCCGUGCCUGGAUGCGCAACAGCCCCUCAGUACGCGAGCGUGAACGUUCACCCAGCUCACCACUGCCCCCACUGCCUGAGGAUGAGGAGGGUUCAGAAGCCACCAACAGCAAGAGUCGUGAUGUGUACAAGCUGCCUCCACCCACAGCCCCUGGGCCACCCGGAGAUGCCUGUAGAUCACGCAUUCCAUCCCCACUGCAGCCUGAGACCCAGGGCACCCCUGAUGAUGAUGAGCCCUCCGAGCCUGAGCCUUCACCCUCCACACUCAUCUAUCGCAACAUGCAGCGCUGGAAACGCAUUCGCCAGAGGUGGAAGGAGGCAUCUCAUCGGAACCAGCUUCGUUAUUCAGAAAGCAUGAAGAUCUUACGGGAGAUGUACGAGCGACAAUGAUGUUCCCAGGUCCCCUCACCCCAGUAAACAUCCCUUGACUCCA